CACCGCGUGUGGUCGCCGGCUCGCCGCCGCCACCGCAACGUGCGCCUUCUUGCUUCCUCCCUUCCAUCGUACCAACCAGACACCACCCGCAUCUAUCUCCGAUCCUCCGAUCCCCACCUCCACACACCCCAAUUCACAAGGCCAAGGGGAGUGAUCUAGCAGAUUGAGAGGCGGGGAGAGCAAUGGCGGUGGUCGGCGUUCUCGCGCUGCAGGGCUCCUACAACGAGCACAUCUCCGCUCUGAGGAGGAUCGGGGUGAAGGGGGUGGAGGUUCGCAAGCCGGACCAGCUGCUGGGCCUCGACUCGCUCAUCAUCCCCGGCGGCGAGAGCACCACCAUGGCCAAGCUCGCCAAUUACCAUAACCUGUUUCCUGCUCUUCGCGAGUUUGUCGGUACAGGAAAGCCUGUGUGGGGAACUUGUGCUGGGCUCAUUUUCCUUGCAAACAAGGCGAUAGGUCAAAAAUCGGGAGGUCAGGAGCUUAUUGGGGGACUAGAUUGUACAGUCCACAGGAACUUUUUUGGAAGCCAGGUGAGAAGUUUUGAGACCGAACUCUCUGUACCAAUGCUUGCAGAGAAAGAAGGAGGCAGUCCUACGUGCCGUGGAGUAUUUAUACGGGCACCUGCUAUCUUGGAAGUAGGAUCGGAUGUUGAAAUAUUGGCUGAUUGCCCUGUUCCUGCUGGUACACCCAGCAUUACAAUAACAUCUGGCGAGGGUGUCAAGGAAGAAGUGUAUUCGAAAGAUCGGGUAAUUGUUGCGGUACGACAAGGGAACAUCCUCGCCACUGCUUUUCACCCAGAAUUGACAUUGGACUCCAGAUGGCAUCGACUCUUCUUGGAUAUGGAUAAAGAAUCCCAUGCAAAGGCCUUCUCGGCGCUAUCGCUAUCGACGUUCUCAAGAGACGCGGAAGAGCGGUCGAAUCCUAGGCCUCUUGAUCUACCCAUAUUUGAGUAGCAGCAGACAGAGGACCACGAAUAUACUGAAGGGAAGAUGAUAAGCAAAUUUUGGUCAUGGAAUUGCUGACUAGGAAGCAGCUGGGGGGCAUCUCUUGUGCUUGAGCCCAAAUGCCGUUUCUGGUGUCAACUCUGUACAAUUCAAAAUAAUGACACUAUAUCGCAAACAUCUGCAUUCUUGCUUUUGUAAUCUGGUCAAAUAUAUAUACAACAAGUGAAUAUACACUGACUUCCUGAUU